GUUUUUAGUUCUUUUUAAUUCUUAUGAGGCACCACUUCCAAACGUUAUGAGUCUUCUGUACUUGUUUUUAGCAAUCGUUCUUUUUAUAAACGGUUAUCAAUCAAUUUCUAUUGUUAACAAUGUGACAGUGUCCAGUGAUAUUUUGAGUGAAGUUUUCAUCAAUGAAAUCAAAAAUAACCCAAAUAAGAUCUAUUCAUCUGUCGAUGAAGAAAAUGAUUCAUAUGACUCGAAAAAAUGUCUUCAAAGUUUGAGGGAAAUAGUAAAUCGUUAUCCAAGUCGUCAAGUUUCUCGAUUUUUGGAUUCCUGGGGAAGUUUGCCAUCCGGAAUUGAAUCGGGAAAUGAAUACGAUUUAGGAAACUAUGAUCAAUGUAUUAGAACUUCUGUGACUUUUAAUAAACCCAUUGGUUUGGUGAAUAGUCAAUAUUGUUUUGUAACAAUUCAACUUGAAAAGAAAUCACCACCUGUUUAUGACAUUCACUGGUGGAAUCUUGAUCCAAUUUUAAACACAGGAAUAUGCAUUCCUGAAAGCUGUAGCCCUCAAUUGUUAACUUCAAUUUUUAAGGAAUCAGUGAGAGGAGAAUUUGAUGGAGCGUUGUCAGAAAUUUCUGUUGGACUUUGUUCGAAUGGAAAAAUUCCGCCACUCACUACAAUGAAUAUUAUUGGAUUGUCUGUAUUUGGUGUGGUGACAAUUUUGAUGGUUUUGAGCUCAUGUUAUGAAUUUUAUACAACUCAUUUUGAAAAAAAACCAAUCCAAAUCUUAUUGGCCUUCUCGGUAUUUACAAAUGGUAGAAGACUUUUUGCAAUUAGCACUAAAAAAUCUCGAAACAGCAUCGAUUGCCUGACAGGAAUGCGAGUUCUAUCAACAUUUUGGAUUAUGAAUCAUCACACUUAUACAAAUAUUCAUGGUACACCAAUUAUUAACAAUCAAGAUCAUAUUGCAUGGUUAUACAGUCCCGAAUUCUUCCCUGCUUUAAAUGCAAGUAUAUCAGUUGAUACCUUCCUUUUCAUGGGAGGUCUGUUAGUGGCUUGGAUUGGAUUUCGAGGACUUGACAAAACAUCUGGAAAAAUCAACCCGUUGAUGAACAUUGUUCAUCGUUAUUUUAGACUUACUCCAGUUUUAGCAGCAGGUCUUUUAAUGGCUUACAGUGUGAAUAAAAUCAUGUAUACAGGCCCAAUAAAAGACGUUCAAAUGAUAAAAAAUGGUUGCGAUGGUACAAAUUGGUGGCCCGUUUUGCUUUACAUUCAAAAUUACUAUGUUCAGGAUAAAAAAUGUUACGAUGAAGCUUGGUAUUUAGCCAUUGAUUUUCAAUUAUAUGCCCUUUCUCCACUACUUUUAAUCCCGAUGUGGAAAUGGGGAAAAAAAUUCGCACCAGUCUUACUUGCUCUAGGAUUGGGGUCAAUUGCAUGGGUUAUGGCAAUCUACAUUUCAAACGGUUAUACUGGACUUACGUUAGGAGUAAAUCCUCAUGAAUGGGAAAAAGUCUACACUCCAACUCACACGAGAUGUGCAACUUGGCUGCUUGGAUUUGGUUUUGGUUAUUACUUGCAUAAAAAUCGUCAACUUGUUCAACUUAUUGGCUGGUUUGUUAGUCUUUUUACUAUGACAGCUGUAGUUUUUGGACCAUAUUUCACAUUAAGUGCAAAUGGCCAUGGAACCGUUUUCGAGGCUGCAAUUUAUGAAGGUUUAAAACGCAUAUCCUGGGGAUUAGCUCAUGUUUGGAUAACAUUUGCUUGUUAUUAUGGUUAUGGUGGAUUUGUUGAUACAUUUUUGUCUCAUCCAUUUUGGCAGCCAUUGGGACGUUUAACUUAUGCAAUGUAUAUGAUGCAUAUGGCAGUUGAACGAAUGCAUUUUGGAAUGACACGAACUGAAGUAUAUUUUUCAGUUUAUAAUGAGUUUUUAUAUUUUUGGAGUGCUUUGGGGCCAACAAUUUUUAUAGCGAUUUAUGUUACUCUAGCUUUUGAGUCACCAAUUUUGAUACUGGAAAAGUUUAUAUUCAGUGGAGAUAAACCAGUGCAAAAGUCAAAUACAGAACAAAAUACUGCGGUUGUUGUUCCUCCCAGUAGUAUUGUCGUUGAUCAGUCAGUGAAAAAAAAUUGAUAUUUACUAAGUUUAUUUAAGACGGUUAUAUUAACAAUGUGAUAUUUAAGAACUAAAAAGAAAGAGGAUUCAUCUUGAUUUUUAUCUUAAAAAUAUUUUAUUGAAAGGAACUUUGUAAUUUAAACGAAAUAUAAAAUAAGUUAAUAAGUUAAA